GUAGAAAAUGGUGGAUUAAACCUGGUUAUAUAGCUAGCUAAACCUCUCACUUGUAUAACAGUCGCAUAACAUUCCAUUAUAUUGGCCACAAUGUGUGAACAAAACAAACAGACAUAAAAGGCAUCAUGAACGGUAACUCUAGAAACCAUGACAGUUCUGAUGAUGAAAAUCUAUUUAGCAUACAAAAAACUACGUACUGGGAAAUAUACGGUGUAAAACGUUUUCCGUACCGGGGAAAGCGUAAGUUUACACCAUUACUUUAUCAAUCUUUAGAUGGAGUAAUGGUGAUCUCAAAUGACGUUUUUGGAUUAACAAUCAGUCAGUUUGAACGAGUGUAUAAAGCUUGUUUGGAAAGAAGGAAAACAAAAGAACAGUGGAUACUGAACCUUAGAUAUCCUGACAAAUCUUCAAGAGAAUAUCUGGAACAUUUAGAGAACUGUAAAGACAAUAAGGAAGGUAACUUUUUGGGGAUUGACUCGAGGGAAAAAUACUUAUACGAACACCUAGUACAAACAGUUGGUAGUGAAAUAGACAUACGAACGAGACAACGACUAUUUAUAAUACAAGAUAGGAUCAUCAAUUCAUCAGGUUUGACUGAUCGUACACAAAUAUUUAGUGGCAGUUUGGCAGAAGGUCUUGAUUUACCUGGCAGUGACAUGGAUGUAAUGUUCGUUAUCAAUAACCUAGAAGUAAUACAUAAUCUAAAGAACAUCAAAAAACCAAUACAUCGUGCUGAAUUGUGGGUUGUGGAGACAGAUAUUGAUCAUCCUGGAUUUGCUAGACUCAGAGCGGUAUCAGGACGUAAUGGGGUAUCCCCCCGUGAAGCAUGUAUGCGUUGUCCACCAGGUACAUGUACCGGUACACAAUUUUAUCUUUCAGUAAAAACCCUUCUUGAUGAAGGUAAGCAAGAUUUUUCCCAUAUGAAGCCAUAUGUACACGGUCCAUGUAUAACAGACCGUUGUCAAACGAUUGAUAUUGCAUACUGCAUACGGAGUAAAUAUCUUCCUCACAACGCAACUCCAUGGGCAUCCCGUCAUCGACGGCAAUGGCCUUCUAAAUUUGUUAUUGACAGGAUCAUAAAAUACGGAUGCUUGUUAGUACCUAUAGGACCUAAGACAUUAUCAGAUAGUGACUACUUAUGGAGAAUAUCUUUCUCUGUGGCAGAAAAAAUACUUGUACAUUCGUUUAAUUCUACUCAACUCUUAUGUUACGGUCUACUUAAAUUAACAUUAAAGUGUAUCGUUAACACAAAUAAUGAUGUCAAAGAGCUUUUGUGUUCCUACUUCCUGAAGACGGCUUUAUUCUGGGUCUCAGAGGAGACGGAUAUUGACACAUUUCAAUUAUCUAAAUUGUUCAUUUGUUUUUCUCUCUGUCUUGAUAAAUUAAUGUCAUGGGUGAAUACAUGUUACUGUCCGAACUAUUUUAUACCGGAACACAACAUGUUCAUAGGAAAGAUCAAUCAGAUAAACAAUAAAAUACUUUUAUGUGUACUUGAGAGUAUAAAGUUUGGAGGGAUUGAUUGGUUGAUAAACAGUUUAUUCUUGCCUGACAAUGGAAAUCCCCGUUUUUCAAGUACAUAUAGAGAAUAUUCAUCCAUAAUGUUAGACUUCCUAUUUUUCAGGAUUAAAACAUCGUAUCGCAUUUCAAGUUGGAAAAAAAGGAUUAAAUGUACUGAAACUUUACUAAAGUCUGAAUCAUCCACAUUUCUUAUUGGUGUAUGCACGCAUCAUUAUGCCGGAAUCAGUAAACAUGUAGCACAACUACUUCCACAUCCAAACACAAUAGGUACCACAUACAACAUGUACAACAUACGCAAAUGCUAUCAUAGAGCUUUACAAAACGGCAUCAAGACUGAUGCUGUAUCGGGUUGGUUGUUAUACGCAUCAUUUUAUUAUGCAACUGGACAGUUUAAAGUUACUCUAAGACUAACGGAUUUUGUUUUGUCAAGAUGUUCAUCUGAUAUGGUGUUUCAAUGCGAUGAACCAAGAUGUAGACAUAGAAUCAUGUACAGACAAAAUAUACACUCUUCAAUGACAUUAAAUGACAGGAUGAGAAUGGCUAUACUUAGAAGUGUCAGGUACUGUAUGUACUCAUCAUUAAUACCAGAAGAACUUCAGAUGGAGGUUGAAAAAUACGAAAUAGGCAUACCGCCUGUUGUUAUGUCACACUGCCUUAGAUUUCUAUGUUAUCAUCACCUUGGUGAUAUUGUCAACAGACAACUAGCUUUACGUGAUUUAUAUUUAACAGUUAAAGAUUCAUAUUUAAUUCAAGCCCAUGAAUUAUCUGAUUCAAUAACAAUACUUGGAGUAUGCUAUGAGAUAUCGGGUGCUAAAGACAAAGCCUAUCAGUGCUAUGAGGAAGCUUUGCAAGUUGAUGGUAUAAUAUCUAGUACCGCACAAAUAAGAAAAUCAAAAUUGGAUGGCAGCUAUUGUUGAAUUUAAUCGUUUUACUAUAUCGGGAAUCACACUUUCUUAUUAAUUAUCACACUCUUAUGAUACCGAAAACAAACUGUAGACAUAAGUUUAUGUAUGCCUAAUAGACAAUUAUAAAUAUGUUAUUACAGUGAAUGAAUAAUUGAUUCAUUGACAUACUUGGAGUAUAAUAUAAUAAAUGAGUCGAUAAGGACACGGAUUAUAAGUGUUACGAGAAGGUUUUCCAUUUAGUCCAACAACAAAAGUAGGACCACUUAAACUUCCUGGCAUUUAAUAUACACUUUUUAUUGCAGUUUUGAAGGCUUAUGGAAUUUGAUUUACCCCUAAUAAAGAGAUACCGUGUUAACUUGUGUGAGUUAUCUAGUUUAUUCACUAUAACUGAAAUAUGGCUGGAAAGGCACGGUUGAUAAUUUAUAUAAUAAAACUAAUUCUUUUUAAAAAAGGAUUGCUUCUUCCUUUACACAGUGUACAGUGUUUUUUUCAUAAACAUGCUAAUGGAGAUCUACUUAAUACCAGAUAAUCCAACACAACAUUUAUAUAAUUGUAUGUUAAUGCUGAAGUAAAUUAUUUAAACGCAGUAAUGUUAAGGCAGUCCUCUAUAAUUUGAAACGAUUCUAUCGUAAUCUCAUUGUGAUGUCAUUG